AUACAAUAUUUAUUAUAUAUUUUAAAAAAUUAUAAGGACAUAAACGUGUAGUGCUGAAAUGAAGAAACAUACCUUCUAUAAGUUUGCUAUUUUAUGUGUCGGAAUGUUUUUUAUCUAUCGUGUUUCCCAAAAAUUUUCGGUUAUUCAAAUUGAAAAAAAUAUUGGCACAAAUGAAAAGAUGGAAGUAAAUACAAUCAUUUUGAAUGAGACAACCGAGAGAUCAUUAGAUCAAACUCUCCAUUGGAUGGACAUUCAUUCUCCACAGCCAGAUAUAUUAGUUGACGAUUCACAAUUCAACAAAACGAGGAUCAAUAAUGACACUCGAAAUAUGACAGAAAAUCAUAGACCAAUUAUUCUUUUAUGGGCACAACCAUACCCUAAAAUCGAGUGGCAUUUACCUGAUUUACCUGGUGAAGAUGGAGGCUGCGAUAUUACGGUGAAUCGCAGUGAAUACGAGAGAAGCGAAGCAGUUUUGUUUUUCAUGAAAUAUUGUGUUUCUAAUGACUUGCCGGACCCUGCCAAAAGGUCACCAAAUCAAGUGUUCGUAUGGUGGGCUCAUGAAUCACCGUGGACUGUUCUACAUUAUUAUCAUUACAAGCUGAAAGAUUUCAAUCAAUAUUUUAAUUGGACAAUGACAUAUCGACGCGAUUCAGAUGUUCUGGCGUCGUUGGCUCCUACUCCAAGUUUAGACUAUUUUCUUUAUAAAUUUGGCAGACAAAAUGAGAUGAAGGAUGCUGAACUCCUUAGACGUCCGACAAUGUCAGAAGAUAGAUUUCGUGAAGAGAUCGGUUUGUUGAUGUCGAAAAAAACAAAGAUGAUUUCGUGGGUUGUCAGCGAUUGCAAAGAUAUCGCAGGAGCAUCAAAAAGAAUGCAAUUAGUUAACGAGAUGACGAAGGAUGGUCUUCUGGAUGUGGAUCGAUACGGAAAGUGCGCCAAACGUCCUAUUGCAAAUGAUGUCAACGUACUCCUCGAAACUAUAAAAAAAUAUAAAUUUUACUUAUCGUUUGAGAAUUCUUUUCGUUGUAGAGACUACAUAACUGAGAAAACUUUUUAUAAUGCAAUCGUUGGCGGUAUUGUUCCUAUUAUAAAUGGCCCUACAAAAGAAGAUGUCUCGGCAAUAUUGCCAAAUGGAUCUUUUAUACACAUGGAUGAUUUUGAAAAUCAAAAUAAAUUGGCCGAAUAUUUGAAAUACUUAGAUUCUAAUGACACGGCGUAUCUAGAAUAUUUUGAUUGGUGGAAAGAACCAGGAACUCACGUUAUACCUAGAUAUGGUUUCAAUUUUGGACCACAACAUGAUUACAGCAAUUCUUCAGAUUGGCUUCAAUUUUGGAAACCCGAAGAUACCAUAAGUGGGGGUGUGAAGGAAUUUGAAUUCAAGCGAUUCGGUCUUUAUCAUCUAUGCAGGAAAUUGCGUAAUAAGGAACACAUAACGACUUCGAAAGUAAUUGCAGAUCUCAACCAGUGGUGGUAUGGAACUGAAUCGAAAGAAUGCAUCCGGUAGACAUGACCCUAUAAAAUGUAGAGAGUUGUUUUCAUUUUAGUAAUGGGGACGUAAUAAGGAACGCAUAACGACUUCGAAAGUAAUUGCAGAUCUCAACCAGUGGUGGUAUGGAACUGAAUCGGAAGAAUGCAUCCGGUAGACAUGACCCUAUAAAAUGUAGAGAGUUGUUUUCAUUUUAGUAAUGGGCACGUAAUAAGGAACACAUAACGACUUCGAAAGUAAUUGCAGAUCUCAACCAGUGGUGGUAUGGAACUGAAUCGGAAGAAUGCAUCCGGUAGACAUGACCCUAUAAAUGUAGAGAGUUGUUUUCAUUUUAGUAAUGGGCACUUUUUUAUACCAUCAUAGUAUUUAUUCACUGUAAAUGUUUUCUAAAUCUUGUAAUUGAUCAGCACUAACAGAAAGUGGAACACUGUGAAGACAUGAUGACAUUAUCUAGUUAGUUGCGCCCAACAGUUCAAAGUGAUUCUCAAUAACGAUUCGUAGAGCCGCAUGCGGCUAUCAUCUAUUCUUUCUGCGGCUCUCAUUAUCCUUUAAAAUUUGUAUUACAAAUUAAUCAACGACUUGAAAUUGAAAGACUGAAGUGCAGUAGUUGAAUUGAUGUCAUCGUAGCUGUUAGGUCGUUUUGAGUGCAACUUUUUAUCAUGACUCCAUAGUGUUGUUUCUCACAAUGGUUUUAGCCUACGUUUUAAUACUCUGAUUUCACUGUUUCCAGUAAUCACAAUCAGGCAGGCUAUCCCGUACACUGUGAAAAGUUAGGGUAUUUGGGACAAAAUGUCAAGUACACCUUCAAAAAAGCUGUCUUUAUAAAUAUAAUCGAGCGAUUCAAUGUUAUGCGAAAGAGAAGUAUUUUUAAAUUGAAAUAUAUAUAUAUAUGUAUAUUAUUAUGAAAAUAUGAAGCUAUAGCUAAUGUUAUAUAUAUAUAUUUCACCCACCAUCACAAUGAAAAGCAAAGGUCAAGUUAAUUGGUAUUACGCUAAGUUUUGUUGACGUCGUUAUUUUAAAAUACAUAACUUACUCGCGUUUUGUUGCUAUUUCAAUUUGCGUUGUUUUUUAUGCGGCUCCUUACAACAUUCGAAAUUUGUCUCUAACACUAAAAAACGUUCAGAACCACUGGUUUAGACUAUCAGUUGUGGUUGCGAUGUUAGUCCUAAUUCUAUCUAAUAAUUUAUGAGGAAAUCCAGUAGUAUAAAAAUGUGACUUAUGCGCGAGAACAUCGGAGAGUUGCUGUUUGUCACAGUGCCGUAUGUAUUGUACUGUAGGGCGAUUAAAAUGGUGUAUCAUUCCAUGACGAUUAAAAACAUGCAGCAUAUAAUCCAAAGAUUGUAUUAGAUUAUGGACAAGGUUGAACACCUGAAUUUUUUUUCUCAUGGAACCAAAUAAAAUUAGGUUAAUUGGGUAAUUCAUGCCGUAUGAGGAAAAAUUAGGGUUACUAGAUUGGCCAUGUGGGUGUAUAGGCAUCAAGUAUGGGCAAAAAUAUUCGCACUGCCGUAAACUUGACUUGAAACUUAACAUUAGCCUUGCCGAAGUUUGUCAAAGCAGGCGCAAUCGUGGAGGAUGCAGGGCAAAGAAUCUGUUUGAAAACAUUUUGCUGAAAAUCCCUUCUUCGCGUACGUAAGUUGAUUCAAAUGCAGAGAUACUUUUCAGUACGUUGGCUAACAGGUUGGGGUAUAUCCCUACGAACUCAUUAUUUUCGACGCAUUAGACAUGU